GGGAGAGGGGCUGUGAGCUCCAAUUUGUGGUUCCAAUCGAGUCUACGAAUCUGAUCAUUCCCGUUGGUAAAAAGGUGUUGAAAUAAAUGAACUUUUCUUAUGUUAAAAAUCAUCUUCAAUUUUCCGACGUUCUAAGCAAAUUUAGUAUCUCAAUCUGAGAAGAGAAAUUGAUGGUUCGAGAUGUUACACGAACUCCUACUGGCCUUGUUAGGCUACACUGGAGACCUAAUUAUUGACGAGAGAGAAUGCCAAGAAUCUGUUGGUUUGUCGCCGAACGACUCCAUUUCUGAUCAAUGUACGUUUAAGCUUGCUCCUGACAUCUCCUUUAUUGAACCCGAGGAGAGGGAUAUCAUUGAGAAGCUAAUCACAUUGGGGUUUUACUACCGUGAACUCGAUCGAUUUGCCACAAAAUCCCGAAAUUUAAGCUGGAUAAGGUCUAGGAACGUGUCUCCUUUAUCACGCACUUCUGAGUUAUCAAAAGAAGCUAAUGAUAAUCAGAGUGUUUAUAGGAGGGCUAUUGCAAAUGGAAUAUCCGAAAUUCUUUCCAUUUACAGAUCUACUAUUUUGCAUAUUGAACAGAAAUUGUUGUCUGAUUCUCUACCCAUCUUGGCUACAAUUACUCAAGGCCUCAAUAAGUUUCUUUUUUUCUUUCCGCCUCUUUAUGAGCUGAUUCUAGAGAUCGAUCGGGAUGGUAUCUAUGGAGGUAAACUUCUUAACCUUCUACAUAAACGAUGUCAUUGUGGGGUCCCAGAGCUUCAAACAUGUGUUCAAAGGCUUCUUUGGCAUGGACAUCAAGUCAUGUACAAUCAACUUACAUACUGGAUGGUAUAUGGGAUUCUUCAUGAUCAAUAUGGGGAAUUUUUCAUCAGCAGGCAACAACCAAAAAAUCUCGAGCAUGAAACGUCUCAUACCAACAAACUACAAAAUAUUGCAAACAAAUCUAUUGGUGAUGGAUCUAUAAGUGAUUGGUACAUGGGAUUUAAUAUCUCCUUGGAGAUGUUGCCAGAAUAUAUACCGGUGUGUGUAGCAGAAUCUAUUCUUUUUUCUGGAAAAGCAAUUAGGGUUCUUAGAAAUCCAAGUUCUUCAUUCCAGUCUGUGGAUGUGUUGUUUCAUCAAACAACAGGUCCACAGACAUUUAAAGAAUCUUUAAAGAAGGAACACUCUUUGAACACAAUAGUAGGAGAUGAACUACUGCCACAAUCAGAGGCUGAUAAGAUUGAUUCAAUGCUUAAAAAUCUACAGGAGUCGUCAGAAUUCCAUAAAAGAUCAUUUGAAGGGGCCAUUGGUUCAAUAAGAGCUAUUGCAGCAAGUCAUCUUUGGCAGCUUGUGGUUGUUCGUGCUGAUCUAAAUGGGCAUUUAAAAGCCAUCAAAGAUUAUUUUCUUCUAGCAAAAGGUGAUUUUGUCCAGAGUUUUCUUGAAGGGAGUCGUGAAUUGAUGCGCCUACCACCUCGGCAGUCGAGUGCUGAAGCUGACCUUAUGGUGCCCUUUCGGCAGGCAAGAGCAAAGACAAUCAGUGACGAUGAUAAAUAUUUUUCAAGACUCGCUUUGCGGGUGAACGUUAGGUCUUCUCAAGCAAACGUGCAAAAAGCACCAAACGGUUUUGGUGAAGUUGGUGGAGUUGGUCCUAGUCCAUUAUCAUCGGAGACAACCUUGGAUGGUUGGGAUGGUAUUUCCCUUGAAUAUUCACUUGAUUGGCCCUUACAGUUGUUCUUCACACAAGAGGUUCUUACAAGGUACCAAAGGAUGUUUCAGUAUUUACUACGGUUAAAAAGAACACAAAUGGAAUUGGAGAAAUCAUGGGCAUCUGUAAUGCAACAAGGUCACUUGGAUUUUGAGAAAAGUCAUAGUGAGCGUGUAAAGGGAAAAACAUCUCAACACAAACGACACCGUGUUAGACCAAUGUGGUGGGUUAGAGAGCAAAUGGUGUUCUUGAUACGUAAUCUUCAGUUUUAUAUACAGGUGGAUGUGAUAGAAUCUCAAUGGGAUAUAUUAGUAGCUCAUAUAAAGGAGUCUCGUGAUUUCACUGAUUUGGUUGCCUUCCAUCAACAAUACUUGUCGGCUUUGAUAUCACAAUCGUUCUUGGAUAUUGGAUCGGUAUCAAGAAUAUUGGAUGGAAUCAUGAAGCUGUGUUUGCAGUUUUGCUGGAAGAUUGAAAACCAACAAACUCAAAAUCAAACUGAAACUGAUGAUGCAAAAAACAUCAAUGAAUUGGAACGUAUAUCAGAGGAAUUUAAAAUGAAAUCAAAUUCGCUAUACACGAUAUUGCGUAGCAGUAGGCUUGCGGGAAGCCAACGAGCUCCUUUCCUUAGGCGUUUCCUUUUGCGUUUCAACUUUAAUUCCUACUAUGAGGCAACUGCUCAAGGUGUUAAUGUUAUGAAUGUGACCCGACCACAACCAACAAUCCCAGCCUUCCUACGUUUACAACUCUAAAUCUUACUACUCAUCACGACCCGUUUUCAUGGCAGAAGCCAAUCGGGCCCAUUCCUUUUUUGCUAUCAUAAAGCUUUGAAACGUAUGUUUUUUUUACAAUGGUUUAAAAUAUAAUUGACAAUAUUUUGACAAGCUAAACCUAUGAAGUAAUUCAGAGGAACAACAUUGUAAUUUACUUUAACAUAAAAGAGUUGAGAGUGAAUCUAACUAGCAUGGUCUAGUUAUUUUGGGAGGCCUUCUAUCCUCUUUCUUCAACU